AUGGUUCAGAGGAAAGACUCUGGAAAAGUUCACCUUGAAUUAAAACUGAAUGAACUGAUAACAGAUAAUGGAUCUGUGUGCCAGCAACUAGUAGUACACAUAAAGGAGUGCCAUGGGUUGCCUCUUAUUAAUGGACAGAAUUGUGACCCUUAUGCAACAGUCUCUCUUGUCGGGCCUUCCAGGAAUGACCAAAAGAAGACCAAAGUAAAGAAGAAAACAAGCAAUCCGCAGUUUAACGAAACAUUUUAUUUUGAGGUAACCAGGUCCAGUAGUUACACCAAAAAGUCCCAGUUUCAGGUAGAAGAAGAAGAUAUUGAGAAACUAGAAGUCAGGGUUGACCUAUGGAAUAAUGGAAACUUGGUACAAGAUGUCUUUCUAGGAGAAAUCAAAGUUCCUGUGAAGGUGUUAAGAAAUGAUUCCUUUCAAGCAUGGUACUUGCUUCAACCAAGAGAAAAUGGAAACAAGGCUUCUAAAACUGAUGAUUUGGGGUCACUGAGAUUAAAUAUCUGUUAUACUGAAGAUUGUGUGCUUCCAUCUGAAUAUUACACUUCUCUAAGAAACUUGCUGCUAAAAUCAGCAGAUGUUCAGCCGAUUUCUGCAUCUGCUGCCUACAUACUGAGUGAAGUCUGUAGAGACAAGUAUGAUGCUGUUCUGCCUCUUGUACGAUUGUUGCUACACCACCAUAAGCUAGUUCCAUUUGUUGCUGCAGUGGCAGAACUAGAUCUGAAAGACACCCAAGAAGCAAACACAGUCUUCAGAGGCAACUCAUUAGCAACUCGGUGUGUAGAUGAAAUGAUGAAAAUAGUGGGGAAGCACUACCUAAAGGUUACUUUGAAACCUGUUAUUGAUGAGAUAUGUGAAUCUCCUAAACCCUGUGAAAUAGAUCCCAUCAAAUUAAGAGAAGGGGAUAAUGUAGAAAUUAAUAUGGAAAAUCUACGCUAUUAUGUAGACAAAGUAUUCCGUGAAAUUGUGCGGUCAAGUAUAAGUUGUCCUACCCUAAUGUGUGAUGUUUUUUAUUCUUUGAGGCAUCUGGCUGCCGAAAGAUUUCCAAAUGACCCUCAUGUGCAGUAUUCUGCAGUGAGCAGCUUUGUGUUUCUUCGUUUCUUUGCUGUAGCCGUAGUCUCACCUCAUACUUUUCAUUUACGACCUCACCAUCCAGAUGCACAGACUUCUAGAACAUUAACUCUUAUAUCAAAAGCCAUCCAGACUUUGGGGAGUUGGGGAAGUUUGACCAAAAGCAAACUUUCAAGUUUCAAGGAGACGUUUAUGUGUGAGUUUUUCAAAACAUUUCAAGAGGAAAAAUUUACUGAAUCUGUUAAAAAGUUCCUAGAUGAUGUUUCUUCUACUGAAAGUAAAGAGCCUAGUGGUCUGAGUGAGCCAGUACAUCUAAAAGAAGGAGAAAUGUACAAAAGAGCUCAGGGUAGGACUCGGAUUGGUAAAAAGAAUUUCAAGAAGCGAUGGUUCUGUCUAACAAGUAGAGAAUUCACCUACCACAAACAGCAAGACAAAGAACCAAUUUUUACUAUUCCAAUCAAAAACAUCCUUGCAGUGGAGAAACUUGAUGAGAGCUCCUUCAACAAGAAAAAUAUGUUUCAAGUACUACAUGGAGAAAAGCCACUCUAUAUACAAGCAAAUAACUGUGUAGAAGCUAGUGAGUGGAUAGAAGCUCUUUGCCGGGUAACAAGGUGCAACCAGAAGAGGCUUAGUUUUUACCAUCCUUCCGCUUUUCUGAAUGGGAACUGGCUUUGCUGCAAGGCUACAACAGAGAACACAGUGGGCUGUGCUCGUUGCACUGCAAUGACCUAUAUUGAUUACCCAUCUCUUGAUACUCAAAUUGAGAUUGAUGGAGACAGAGAGACAGAAAGAAUUUACUCACUUUUCACUGUUAACAUGUCUAAACUACAGAAGUUGGAAGAGGCUUGUGGAAGUAUAGCAGUCUAUCAAGGUCCACGGAAAGAACCAGAUGAUUACUCUAACUUCACAAUUGAAGAUUCUGUAGCAACUUUUCAUACACUUAAACAGAUAAUAGAUACAGUAGAAAAGCUGAAUGAAUCGCAUGAAAAAUACCGAAAGAAGAGAUCGUCUAGUGCUAAAUAUGGUAGUGAAGAAAAUCCAAUUGUUGGAAAAGUUUCCUAACCAAACAAACUGUGGCACACUUGGAUGAAAAAAGAAACUGGAAAUGUUCUUGAGUGUUUUGUUUAUUUUGCUUUGUUUCUGUUUUUUAAAAUUCAUUAUGUGCAUUUUUAAAAAGUAUUUAAGAAUGAACAUAAAUGCUAGUUGUGUUGACAAUCUAUUUAAUAUUUAAUAGAAAAAUAUCUACUUGGAAAUGUGGUCUUAAGAUUUAUUCUCAUUUUGCUGAAGAACUUGGAACUUCCAAGUUCUUGAAGUAACAAGUGUGAAUAAAUCUAAAUGUUGUUUUGCCAUUGUUGUCUUAUUGGAAAGAACUUUCUAAACGAAUAAGCUUUUUAAUGGAAGAAAAUCCAUGCGGCAUUUGUUGGUUGGAUUACAUCUCUCAGUACACACAGUGAAAACUUGAAUGAGUUUACCAUGAGUGCCUGCCAUGCUGAUGUGGAUCUUGAAACAGAAAUCCCAAGAUACUAUGACGUGGAAAAGAUCUGAAGCUUCACACUCUAUUCAUUUGACUUUUUUUCUUGUAUUAGGUGUUGUCAGGACUUGAUUUAUCUACAACUGAAGUCUUAUAAAAUCAUGCAGUAUGCUGCAAAUAAUGUGGACAGCAGAUACCAGUGUUAGUUAUCUUUUUAAGUACUAAAGAAGAGGAAAUCAGGGAAUUUGUUGUACGUCUUGUUUACAUUUGGGGUGAGUAAUAUAUGGAGUCACAUUAGACCACUAUCUAUUUUCUUUAGGAUUUUUAAGGUAUAUAUUUUUUUUCUUAAUCUAAAAAGAAAUGUAGGGUAGCAACAUUCUUUUUAAAGUAAGUUUGCCUACAGAUGGAAAAAUUUAAAUGUGAACAGAUUGUGGUUAAGUACUGAUCAAUUUACAUCAUCCCAUGUAUGAUUUUAUUUCUUUUUUUUAAUAAUAACUAGGUCCAGCUCACCUUUUGACUACAAAUCUAAUAAAUAAUCUCUAUUAUAAUCACUCAAAGCACUUUAGAUAUCUGGACUAUCCCAGAUUAUUUUUAGAUACUUUGUAGUAUCUGCUUGUUAUGAUCAGUUGAAUGAUCAACAUUGUUUUGUCUUUAAGCAAUGCUUCAGUGAAUAUUUUUGUAUCUUUAGUUAUAUGGAUUCAUAUUUGCCACUUAACACGAUUUUAAACUGGCAUUCUUGACUUUAGUAAGAUUAAUUUUUGCUCACUUCAUCCGAGAAGUUAGGUUGAUGCUGAAAGAAUAUAUAUGUAUAUAACCAGGAAGAAGCAAAGGUAUUACUGUGGCAACUUUGCUUCAUCAGUAUUAAAUACAAUGGUACUCCUUGGAAUAUUAUUUUUAAUAAUGACUAUAUGUGGUACUUUUAUUUUUGGAGCAUUUGCUGUGGGGUCUUUUGUUGUUUU